UUUGCAAGACAAUCAGCUUUUGAAGGAGCUUCGUUCAAGUUGGAUUAUCUGACAAAACCGUCACUAUUUGAGGAUUUUGGUUUCACAACAAAAGUUAAGAUGACUGACCGUGUAAAGCCACAAGAUGAACUGUUUUUGGUUGCCUAUCCAUAUUUUAACGUUAAUGAAAUGCUUGUGGUUGAAGAGCUUUACAAAGAAGCUGUUGUGAACACUUCCCGGAAACUGAUUGUGUUCAAUGGAGAGCUCGAUCCAAUAAGAUCUGGAUAUUAUCCCAAAUUCUUCUACCCAAAGCUGGCCACGCUUUCCACUAGUCUGCUGCCUCAGAUGGAGACCGUAUAUUACAUUCACAACUUUAAAGGACGAAAUGGAGGUGUUGCUUCCUUAACCACUCCCAAUUUUCCAGAAAAACAUAAUUGCAGAAAAGUCUAA